GGCCUUUGUCCUUCAGUGGCUGUGAGGCAGCUGCGGUGUUGGCGUCGCUGCUCUGGGCUAAGCGAGGCGAGGGGCCGGAUAGCGAGCGGGGCGAGAGGGGCGGACCGCGCGGCGGCGGCGGGUGCUAGAGGAGCCUGGCCUGAGGGAGUGCACAGAGCCGGCGCCCGCGUGCCCACGGUGGCAGGAGCAGCCCGCACGCCGCUCUCUCUCUGUGGGGGACCUGCAGUUGCAAUAUGACUUUGGAGGAAUUUUCGGCUGGAGAGCAAAAGACCGAAAGGAUGGAUAAGGUGGGGGAUGCCCUCGAGGAAGUGCUGAGUAAAGCUCUGAGUCAGCGCACCAUCACGGUCGGGGUGUACGAGGCGGCCAAGCUGCUCAACGUCGACCCGGAUAACGUCGUUCUGUGCCUGCUGGCCGCGGACGAGGACGACGACAGAGAUGUGGCUCUGCAGAUCCACUUCACCCUGAUCCAGGCAUUCUGCUGCGAGAACGACAUCAACAUCCUGCGCGUCAGCAACCCGGGCCGGCUGGCGGAGCUCCUGCUCCUGGAGACCGACGCGAACCCCGCGGCGAGCGAGGGCGCGGAGCAGCCCCCAGACCUGCACUGCGUGCUGGUGACGAACAUGCCUAAGCACGUCGGAGGCUGCCAGCAGCGGAAGAGAUCCUUAAUCCACAUUCAUCGCAAUGGAAGGAUCCUGCCUUAAGUCAACUUAUUUGUUUUUGCCGGGAAAGUCGCUACAUGGAUCAGUGGGUUCCAGUGAUUAAUCUUCCUGAACGGUGAUGGCAUCUGAAUGAAAAUAACUGAACCAAAUUGCACUGAAGUUUUGAAAUACCUUUGUAGUUACUCAAGCAGUUACUCCCUACAGUGAUGCAAGGAUUACAGAAAUUGAUGUCAAGGGGCUGAGUGAGUUCAACUACAUGCUCUGGGGGCCCGGAGAUAGAUGACUUUGCAGAUGGAAAGAGGUGAAAAUGAAGAAGGAAACUGUUGAAACAGAAAUAUAAGUCAAAAAGAACAAGAAUUACAAAGAACCACGCAGGAAGGAAAACAAACUAUGUAUUAAUUUAGGAUGGUUGAGUUACAUUUGAUUAAACCAAAUAUGCUUUGUUAAAGUUUAAAUGUGCGGCAGUAGUUUGGGUAUUUUUGGUUUGUAUGCCCUCGAGUAAAAGAAAAGCAGAAAAGCUUAAUCAUAUUUUAAAACCAUAUUUUAUUGUAUUUUGAUGAGAUGUUAAAUUCUCAAAGUUUUAUUAUAAAUUGUACUAAGUUAUUUUAUGACAUGAAAGGUUAUUUAUGCUAUAAUUUUUUUGAAACAGUACCUACAAUAAACUGGUAUGGAAUAAUUGCAUAAUUUCUUAAUGUGUGCUU